ACUAAAGAUGUUUAUGUUGAAGAUAUCAAACACUUGAAGCAAUUCAAAUAAAAAACAUUAAUAUAUUUUAAUCUAAAACCACAAAUUUAUAAAAAUCUUUUAACAAAAUGUUCAAAUUUGUUGCUUUGGUCUUUGCUGCUCUCUUCGCCAUUGCUGCUGCCCGCCCUGGUUACUCACCUGUAGUCUUGUCCGGACACUCUCACUAUGCACAACAUGCUGUAAUUGCCCAUUACUCAGCUCCAGUGGUUAAAACUGUUGUUCAUGCUGCUCCUGUAGUUCACACCCAAGUUGUCAAGAGCGUUGUUCAUACUGCUCCCUUAGUACACUCUGCUCCUUUGGUGCACUCUGCUCCCUUGGUGCAUUCUGCUCCUGUGGUACACUCUGCUCCCUUGGUGCACUCUGCUCCUUUAGUGCACUCCGCUCCUUUGGUACACUCUGCUCCCUUGGUACACUCCGCUCCUUUGGUACAGUCUGCUCAUUUGGUUCACUCUGCUCCCUUGGUGCACUCUCAUUCCUUGUAUCACUCCUACGGUGCUGUUCCAGUCAAGAGCUACGCUCCUGCUUAUGCUCCAUUCAAAAACUAAUUUAAUUUUUUCCACAGUAUUUAAACACAUAUUAACUGAUUGUUAACCUAAGAAAUAAUUUAGUAAAUAUAUACAUAUGUACAUAUACAUAUGUAUUUGUUAUUUGUUAAUAAAAAUUUAUAAAGAAAA